UGCGCGUUCACGUGCCGCCCUUCAGACUGAAGCAAGUUGUUUGAAGCUUCAGGAAUAAUUUUUGGUCUGGUUUCCGCUUAAACGCGAACAUUCAUCGCUAUUGUUGAAGAUGUGGAAGUCAGUGGUGGGCCACAAUGUGAACGUGAAGGUGGCAGCAGAGGGGGACGACUGGGAGACGGACCCCGACUUCGAGAAUGAUGUGUCGGAGCAGGAGCAGAGGUGGGGAGCCAAAACCAUCGAGGGCUCCGGACGCAAAGAACACAUCAGCGUUGCCGAGCUCAGAAGCAAGGUGGCUGUGGAGCACGAGCAGGUGAAGCAGAAGGAGCACACCCCCAAAGCUUCGUACGGCUACGGAGGAAAGUUCGGCGUGGAGAAAGACCGAAUGGACAAGGUGGCGAUGGGACACGACUAUGUGGCGCAGGUGGAGCAGCACUCGUCCCAGAAAGACAUGGCGAAAGGAUUCGGGGGGAAAUUUGGUGUUCAGAAAGACCGUGUUGAUAAGUCUGCCAUGGGCUUUGAAUACAAGGGAGACGUCCAGCAGCACACCUCUCAGAAAGAUUACGCAAAGGGAUUUGGGGGGAAGUACGGCGUGGAGAAGGAGAGGGUGGACAAGGCGGCUUUGGGUUACGACUAUAAAGGCGAGACAGAGAAGCAUCAGUCUCAAAAAGAUUACGCAAAGGGGUUUGGAGGGAAGUACGGCGUAGAGAAGGAGAAGGUGGACAAAGCUGCUGUCGGCUAYGACUACAGAGGAGAAACAGAGAAGCAUCAGUCACAGAAAGAUUAUUCUAAAGGAUUCGGUGGAAAAUACGGCGUUGAGAAGGAAAAAGUGGAUAAAUCUGCGCUGGGUUUUGAAUAUAAAGGCGAAACAGAGAAGCAUCAGUCACAGAAAGAUUACUCAGCAGGUUUYGGGGGUCGCUAUGGAGUGCAGUCAGACCGUAUGGAUAAGACUGCAGCAGACUUCUCAGACAUAGACACCCCCAAAUCUGCUUAUGAGAAGACACAACCGGUGGAAGCCUCGAGCGUAGGCGCAGGCAACCUGAAGGCUCGGUUUGAGAACAUGGCCAAGGCUUCAGACGAGGAGAACAGGAAGAGGGUGGAAGAAGAGCGAGCGAGAAGACAGAGCAGAGAGAACAGAGAGCGAGAGGAGGCCAAACGCAGACAGCAGGAACAAGAAAGCAAACGGGAAGCGUUUAAUCCUCCACCUGUUGAAGAAGAACCAGAGGAAACGCCAGCACCGGAUACUCCCCAACACCUGCAGGAGAUCCAGGAAGUACCUGAGCCAGAACCAGAAGCAGAGGAGGAAUCGUUAUACGAUAACCCACCAGACUUGCCCCCACGCUYCGAGGAUGUCCUGGAAGUGGACGAGCCCCCGCCUCUCCCGGAUAGGUUUGAGGAUGAAGUAGAAGAAUUUGAAGAAAUUGAAGAGCCCGAUCAGUCUAAACCAGCAGACGUGGAGAACGACUACGAGGACGUGUCGCAGGGUCAGAAGGCGGUGGCGAUUUACGACUACCAGGGAGAGGCAGAAGAUGAGAUCUCGUUCAAUCCAGACGACGUCAUCACCGACAUCGAGAUGAUCGACGAGGGCUGGUGGAAGGGGCGGUGUAACGGACACGUGGGUCUGUUCCCGGCUGCGUACGUCCAGCUCAUUUAGAAAGCAGCCAUUUCAUUUUGCACUUUUUCACACGAAGGUACUCGCUUCAAGGAUAAGACAAAAACUUAAACUAAAUCUGCACAAUAUUCCUCCUGUACCGGUUUUUUUUUAAAUUAAAGUAUAUAUUUGGAUGCCGGAUCAAAUUUAACAGCCAUAUUUGUUUACCUUCAGUCUCUUUACAUUGUGUUUUGUUUACACCGAGUGUGUGCCCUAGCUUCAGAACUGCAUUCAUUAUAUCUAGAAUAAAACUGGAGUAAAUUCUUUAAAACUGCACCACGUGAUUUAGUUCAUAACAUUUUUUAAUGUUAUACUUUGCAGUGAGUCCUUUUUAAUCUCAGGUUUCUUACUUUUUAAAGAGAAUGAAUGUAGAUCGGUUUGUACAACAAAUCACAGCAACUGUAGUAUUUUAACUGUYUCUAUCUGAAGAUGCAUUAAACACUUUAAAUGCUUAUUAAAAAAAAACAAAUG